AUGUCAAAGCCAACUAUUGCCAUGUUCGUCGGUGCUUUCCAUCAGAAAGAGCAUCUCAAACUCCUUCUCCCCCGUCUCGAGAACAAGGGUUACAAGAUCAUCUCAGAGACUCUGAAGACCGUCAACAAAAAGGAAAACACCCUCACAGAUGAUAUCGCGCAAAUGCAUCGCAUUUUCACUCCGCUGUUUAAAGGGGACAAGGACGUAGUUCUCGUGGUCCACUCUUAUGCCGGAAUACCUGGUAGCGUAGCUAUCAAGGGCCUCAGCAAAGUUGAGCGUGCCUCCAAUGGGCUGCCAGGAGGCAUAAUUGGGGUCGUCUACGAAAUUGCUUUUAUUCCACAAGAAGGUAUGUCGCUUCUUGAUAUGAUUGGUAAAAGAUUCGCGGAAUGGCAAACCGAAGAUGUAAGUAAUUUACUCCACAAUCUCCAUAAUGAUCAAAAGCUCGCUCGAUGAGAUCCUAAAAGUAGUUUUGCUAAUCAAUCCGUAGAAAAAAGCCGGUCUCCUCAGAGUCCCUGAGCCCAUUCCCGUCUUCUACAACGGCGUUCCCGACGAGCUCGCACAGUGGGCUGCUAGCAUCGUCGAGCCACAUUCCUUGAAGUCUGUCACAGACAAGUUGGGCCCCAUCGGCUAUCUGGAUACCGGCUACGCAGGUCACCUCAAAUACAUUCGCACUGAGUACGAUCAGGCCAUCCCUGCCGCUGGCCAAGAUGUCAUGAUCGAGGGAAGCGGUGUCAAUUUCACUGUUGAGAAAUACGAUACCGGUCACCGUCCGUUCCUGUCUCAUCCGGAUAUGCUGGCUGAUACACUUGACAAGAUAGCUCAGUCAUUUAUUAAUUUGAAAUAA